CCUGUAAAAAAAGGUUUUGAAAAAGUUAAAAAUUAGAAAACAAAAAUAUUAAAACAAGAGCUACAAGCUACAACCUUUCUCCGAAAAUCUAGUAUGCUAAAAAUAUCUAUAUAGGGGUCACCAUUAGUUAUAUAGCGUCAGUAAACCGCCGGUAGACUGUUGAAAACAACGCAUUUUUCACGACACUUUCAAGAAACAAAAAGAGAUAGUUCAUACGAGAAAUGACUGAAGGCGAAACGACUGUUGAAUCUUUCAUGAAGUGGAAACUCCCUAAGAUUUAAAUGUCAGCGCAUCGGCGAGGAAAUUGAAACAACGUGAUUUUGAAGUCAUUGAAGUGGAUUUUUCGUUCGGCUAUCAUUUCGUCACUUUUGUAACAGUUUUUGAUGCCCUUUCGAACGUCGUUGUGUGUAAAGUGUGUCAUUCUGAAGUAAAAUUCUCAGAGAGCAGUAAACGAGGAUUGGGAUUUAAACUUGUUGUAUCCUGUGAUAAAUGCGAGAAAAAAGAAAUACCGAAUAGCACAUACAUCAAGAAUGCCUACGAAUAAUCGAAGAAUUAUUUUUGCCAUGCGAUUGCUUGGAAUCGGUCUGCAUGGAAUAAGAAAAUUUCGCGCGUUUAUGGAAUUGCCCCGCCCCGUCUUUCAAGCGACUUAUGACAGUAUUAUCGCACACAUUUUGUCUGCAAGAGAAGUAGUUUUCAAGAGCAGUAUGUCAAAUGCAGCACAAGAAGAUGAUGUUUUCCAAGCCAUAAAGCCGGUAUACCCGCUGCAUUGGAGGAUACACGCAAAAUAACAAUGAGAGUUUCAACUCGACUGUGUGGGCGAUGGCUCCAAAAACGAUGAAUUUCGUUUCGAGUUUUGCCAGGCAGUGGACCAGAACCGCAUCAAAAAAGCAGAAUAAUCAUUGAGUGAUGGAGCAAAACAGGCCCGCCUCGACUUAAAAGCUGUUUGGAAGGAGAAGCAACAGGUGGACAUCGAUAUAGAAGGCCAACUGUAUGAUGCAGGCAUCGCAGAUUAAAGAAAACGCUGAAAGUCUUGAGGUGCUAACGCUGGCCCAUUUCCUGAAAGGCCCCAGCUACACAAGGUUUCCUGAGCCUGAUAUCACGCAUCUCCGAGAAGGCCGCCUCAGCAGAUGGCAUAGGGUGACACAGAUGCAGCAGCAAUUCUGGAAGCGGUGGAGCAGCGAGUAUUUAUCCUUGCUCCAAGAAAGGAGUAAGUGGCGCAUCGAAAGAUCCAACAUCAAUGUCGGAAGCAUCGUGUUGCUGAAGGAGGACAACCUUCCACCCUUGAAAUGGCAGCUGGGGUGCAUCCAAGGAGUCGUUCCAGGCGAGGACGGCGUCGUCAGAGUAGCAAUGGUCCGUACAGCUACGGGUCUAGUCAAGAGAGCCGUCGCCAAGUUAGCCGUUCUGCCCAUCGAUUCCCAUUCAGUUGGAGCCCUACUUCCUCCAACGGGGGGAGUAUGUUCGGAGCAGCCCGCCAGCGCCUAGUCUAGUGCGCAUAGGUGUACGGCUGAACCUGUAGCGCUCUUGCGCUCUCCUCUUUAUAUUUGCCUUAUCUCGCUAAGCUGUCGCGCUACCUAUUCAGCGACUACAUUUAUAAAACCCGAAUUAAAAUAUGAAGCCAGGCUUUCGGCUGCAGCAGUGCUGAUUCGACUGGCAGAAUAAACACGACACGUACAUAAACUGAUAAAAUUAAAAAGCGUUAUUAUUACAUAAUAUACGUGGCAUUUUUGUUGACUUCCCCCAAACAAUGGUAAUAUAUGCCAUAAGAAAAUGUACUACGAGGCAACGAUUGCAAGCCAUUACUUUCACCGGACCGUUGCAAGGUAUCUUAUAAUAAGUUAAAAUCAAAUAAAUAAAUAUAUCGAAUUAAAAAAUACAGUCCACUAAUUUUAUGUUUGCAUUGUUAACGAAAAGA